UCGAUAACCACCAGACCCAGCCUGGAGCCUCAACCCACUCACUCGCCCACCAGGCUAACACCACCCUGUACACCUUCGAACCCGGCCAACUCAAAUCCCACCCUCACUUCGAUCGGAUAUACACCUCGCAACCGCACCAUCCUCUCCACCCAACAACCGGGUGUAAGAGCAACCAACCAACCAACCUACAACCACCCCUAAAAUAAACCAGCACAAUGGCCGGAGGCGCCGCCAAAUACCGGCACCUGAGCCGCAAGUCCUCGCACCGACAAGCCCUCCUCCGCAACCUGGUCACCUCCCUCUUCACGCACGAGUCGAUCACCACCACAUGGGCCAAGGCCAAGGAAGCCCAACGACUGGCCGAGAAGCUGAUCACCUUGGGCAAGAGAAACACCGAAGCCAGCCGGAAGAGCGCCCUGGCGACAUUUUACACCCCGCACUCCAUCCUCCCCAAACUCUUCGGCCCCCUCCGGGAACGCUACGCCAACCGACCCGGCGGCUACACGCGGGUGCUGCGCGUGGAGGCCAAGAAGGACGACCAGGCGGAGAGCGCGAUCCUGGAGCUGGUCGAUGGGCCCAAGGACAUGCGGUUCGCGCUGACGGCGCGCACCAUCGCGCGCCAGCGCGCCCAGGGCUUCGACACCCUCAACGAGAUCACCGCGCUGAACGUCCGUAAGGUGACGCGGUUCCGGGACGGCGGGGUCGACGCCCUCGAGACCGCGGUGCGGAAGUUGAAGCUCAGCGGGCAUGGGGAGAAGUCGGCCAGCACCGGCAGUGACGAUGGCGAAGGCGAGGGCUUUGGGUGGAAGGGGCGGAAGCAGAAGGUGCAGAAGGUAAAGAAGGUGAAGAAGGCUCCGCUGGCUUAGACACAGAGAAUAACUAACGGGAUUGGAUAUUGGAUUGUCGGGGCAUGGGGUUGGGUUUCGGGUCUUGCCAACAAGGAAUUCACAGAUUGCGGGUUGGCAUAAGGAUUGAGCAGGCAAGAGAGGGACGGAGACUCUUGGGUGAUUUGGAUGGUGAUGGUGGGGUUUAUUAGCAGCGACGCUGGUCCGCCUUUUCUGGUUUAUUUUUUCUUUUCUCUCUAUUUCAUUUAUGUACCUUAUAUCAUCUCGUAUGUUGUUUCUCUCUCUGCUGCUGCUUCCUUUCAACCUUACUGGACCAGAGGCUGGCUAUGGCUGUAUUCUAGCUGACUUGGCUUUUCGGGAAAUGAUACCGUG